AUGGAGCAGAAUCUACCAAUCAUAGCCAAGAAAUUCUUGAAAAUAGUAAAAGUGUUAUAUUUCAUGUUGAGAAAAGGCAUUUCAAAAGGAAAAAUAUUAGCCGAUCUCAGCAUGUUGAUGAAGCGUGGCAAGAUCGCCGGCAAAGCCGCCAUCCACAGCCUCAUGUCCCACCACCACCACGGCGGCACUGCCUCCGCCUCCGACCACCACCUAGAAUACGAGUUCAGGUGCAGCAACACCCCCGCGCACCGUGGCUUCCACAUCCCCUUCCACCUCAGCAAGAGGAAGCACUCGCAGCCCACCCAGGAAGAGCUAAUGGCGGCGGCGGUGGAGAUAUUCCACAGCGCGGCGGCGUCACCGGAGCUUCCGGGCUUCGGCCCGAGCCCGAUGGUGAGGCAGCUGAGGAUAACGGACUCUCCAUUUCCGUUAAGAAACGGUGAAGAAGAUAGUUACGUAGAUGAAGCUGCUGAAGAAUUUAUUAUGAGAUUUUAUAAGGAUUUGAGGCAGCAAAAUUCUGUGCCUUAUUUGGGUUACUCUUGA